AUGAUUCGAGGGAAAGUGGCGCCCAUCGGGGAGUGGCCAUGGCAGGUGGCCAUCUACGAUAAGGAUGAGGAUGUUAAAGAUAUCAUCCGAGAGCAAUGGGUUCUCACAGCAGCACAUUGCAUCGUGGACUACGAUCCCUACUUCUUAGCCCGAGAUGCGAACGACUUCCUCGUCUAUAUUGGCAAGCACUAUCGGAAUGACUCCAGGGACGAUGGUCUCGUGCAUAAGUGUCAGGUCGGGUCCCAAUCGAUUUCCUCCCUUCUUCACUUCCGUUCCCAGAUGGACAUUCGUGGCACGUGCAUGCAGGUGGCACAGGUCUUCCCACACGACGGGAACAGGCGUCAGAUAUUUCAAGCGGACAUUGCACUGUUGAAACUCGAGGAACCAGCUAAGUUGACGGAAGGAGUUCAGCUGGUCUGCCUGCCCACCCAGGAAUACCUAUCGCAGCGCAAUGUAGAUCACGGAAGGAAAGGAUGGCUCAGAGAGAAUCAUACAGUCGAAGAGAUGGCCGGGUUCCAGUUCAAGUAUAUCGUCGCGGUAGCCUUAGCAUUCGGGGUCUGCUGGGGAAUCCGGAGGCGAACCGGUUUCAGAUGGGUCAGAAACGAGGCCCUGGGAUUGAACGGACGAGUGCGACUGUAUUGGACGCCGAGGUUUCGCAGGGGAGACAUCGAGUUCUUGUUCGUUGCUCCAAGCACGGGAUGGGUCGGAGUGGGUUUCUCCCCCAACGGCGAGAUGUAUGGGGCCGACAUGGUCGUGGGAGGAGUCAGCAACGGGACGGCCUAUUUCGCCUUUCGAGCACCUCUUGUCAACGUCGAGGCCCUCAUCCAGCUCUCGAGUAGUUACUUGCCAGUCUUCAUCCACCUGCUCUCUCACCGUCUCGACAAGCUCUGGUGUCUGGGUGGACCUCGGACGGAUCGCUAUUCUUCUGAGAACACCCUUCCUGAAGUGGACAGACAACAGAAUUACGAAUUUAUUCGUGCCAUGGAGAACGGGACCCACACCUGGCUUCACUUCUCUCGGAGGAUCAUUACCCCAGAUCCGGACGCCCCUGUGGAGAUCAUCUGGGCAUACGGAGAUAAGGACCCAGGGAUCCUGGAGCAACCUCACUAUCACUUUCGCAACCGGGGGGGACGCCGCCUGUCCAUCUUCGACGACGUCCCCAUCGCCUUUCUGGAAGAUGCAGUGGAGAAUCCAUCGAAUAACGGAACGGAGAGCAUCGAAUGAGGACGUCAGCAUUUUCACCUCCCCCAUACCCAACUGCCGAACGGCUCUUCUCGUCGCUUCCGAUUUGGAAGUUCAAAUCGUCACUUCUUCACCACAUCACAAUUUUAAAAAUAUGUUUAUCCUUCGUCUCCAGUCUUCGCCGAAUUCUUACUGACCCUCGCUGAUCGUUCGAUUCGGCAGCAUUCAAUUCCAUUA